AUGGCGCUCACCUUACAACGUUGUACUUAUUCAUUUCUGCGGAAAAAAGAUGGGAAUUGCCCCUUCAAUCAAAGAAACGAAAUUGAACAUGAGAGGACAAUUGUUGGUGCAACUGAUGAUAGAGGUGGUUUGCCUAAAGAUUUGUUGAUAGAGAUAUUGUCUAGGCUGCCCGUGACAGACCUGUCGCGAUACAAGUGUGUGUGCAAAUCUUGGUAUUCUCUUAUUUCGUGUUCUGAUUUCAUAUCCAAGUACCUAAAAAACUACUAUCAUAAAGACCAUAGUUGGCAUGGUUGUCUCCUCGCCGUGUAUCCUAAUCCUGUAUGCAUGGCUGCACUUGAUACGUUUCAGUUAUCAAUAGAUGAAACACCUAAAGUAUUUGCAUCUGAGACCAUUGAUCUCAGGCCUAUGGGUACAUCUGACAUUUGUGGUCCUUGUGAUGGCAUAUAUUAUCUAUAUCAAUAUAAUUUUGCUGAACGUGUUUUGUGGAAUCCUGUCACUAAUGAGCUCAAACUCCUCCCUCCAGUAAUCACUAAGCCCAAUUUCCCAAGCAAUUUGACUGACUCUGUUUGCGAAGCUUAUGGUUUGGGAUUUGAUCCGCUCAAUAAAGACUAUAAGGUGGUUGUUAUUAAAUGUUAUUGGCCUGAAGACUAUGAAGCUAAACUGUCACUGUACCUGCAUCCGUCUUUGUCUACUCAUUGCGGACUGAUUCUUGGACUUAUUGUGGAGAUUUAUCCCAAAUUCAUGAGUUUGAAUUGGGAACAAAUCAGUGUUGCAAAUUUCUUGAUGGAAGCUAUUACUGAGAUACAUACACCCAUUUAUGAAAAGCCGGCAUCUAGGAGUCUUGCAAUCUAUCAUAAUUCCGUUGCUUAUCUAACUCUUCAUGAGAUCAACAAGUCUUUUGUUGUAUGGAUGUUGAAUGAGGGGUUGUGGACCAAGAAAUUCAGUAUAGGACCUCUGUCUGGUAUUCGAUGCCCACUUGGUCAUUGGAGGGAUGAUAAUCUUAUAUUGGAUUCUGAUAAUGGUAGGCUAAUCCUAUUCGAUCUUGUCACUUAA